UUAGCGUUAAGAGGGACCCAGGGUGUCGUUUUAUAUGCAUCAAGAGGUGUGAGUUUCAUACAUCAAAGUAACACUGGUCACCGACCGUACUUCGACUCCUGCUGUGCCGUGAUUUCGGCCAAAGUUAUCCCGUACACUGGGCUCUUUCAGACGGGGGGACCUCUACGGACGCUGUGCGUGUUGUCGGCACUGCACACAAAACCAGUCUUUGAGAGACCAGCUAAAGUUUUGUUGUCAUUGAACUCGAGAGUAUUGAACCCAUUUGAAGAUUUCGUUUUGAUGGUUGAAGAGUAUCAGUUCACUGGUGGACCGAUCUGAGCUAACACAGAGAAAGUAACUCCACCACAUCUGGACUAGAAAACAUUUACAGUUUUAAAGUGGAAAAAGACAUGGCUAACAUGGCUGAAAACGACUCCCUUUCUCAGACGCUGGAUGAGCCACUGACGAAUGAGUUCCGUUUUGACGAUAUGAACCAGAGGAUCGUAGUGGCCUGUCUGUUCGCUCUGAUCUCCGCCCUCGGUACGGUGGGGAACAGUCUGGUCAUCGUCGCCGUGAUCCUGUCGCGAAAGCUCCGCACAGCAACCAACGUCUUCGUGGUCAACCUCAGCCUGGCGGACUUAUUCACCAGCUUGAUCCUACCGUGGAAUGUUGUGGCGUUGCUCAGUCCGGACGGCUGGCCGAUCGACGGGGCGUUUUGUGCCGUCGCCGCGGUCGUUCUCUUCACGUGUGUGAGCUGCAGUGUCUACACUCUCGCCGCGAUCGCCAUCAACCGGUUCGUGAUCAUCACACGACCCAUGCAUAAGUACAAGACGUACUACAGCAAGUGGAAGCUGGUAGUCAUGGUCAUCGGAACGUGGGGGAUCUCGUUCUUCAUUGCAACAAUUCCUCUCAUCUUCGGGCUCGGGGAACUUGGGUACGAUGUUAAGUACGGAACGUGUACUCAUAAGACAUCCCAUCAUCUCUCGGACUACUACAGUAUGGCACAGUCUUUGCUUAUCUAUCCCAUCCCGAUGACCACUAUUGUUGUGUGCUACAUUGCUGUCUUCAGGCAUGUCCGGAACCAUGCUAAGAAUAUCACGGAGCAGUCGGAUUCCUCAUCGACCCAGUCGCAGUUCACUCACCCCGUGCGUAGAGAGAGCAGCCACCGACAGAGCAUCAGCAGGAGGCAAGUCGAGAUCACCAAGAACCUGUUCUACGUUGUGUGUGCUUUCUUUCUGUGCAUCACACCGUAUUGUGCCGCUCUUGUCAUACCGAAGAGCGAGCCGUUCAUCCCGUGGGCCGGAGCAAUCAUCCUCCUCAACAGCUGCAUCAACCCAGUCAUCUACGCCACCAAGCACCCGUACUUUAAGCAGGUGAUCAAGGCAAUACUCUGCUGCAAACUGUCGUCCAUUCCCGAACCGUCAAGCUGUUUGCGUUCGUCUCAAACCCGAUGGAAGCCGAGAUGACUAGAUACAGAAAACAAUUCCACUCUCAAACGACAAACACUAAGAAAAGAUAUGUACUGAAAGAGCGGACUGCCCAUUCGUAAAUGGGUAAGUCAUAGACGAAUAGAUCCUGGAAAUCGGGAAGGGUCCAGGUAAAACAGCCGACCAACUCUGUGACAAAACCAUGCAGAAAAUAGAGCCAACUAUGCAACAAAAUCUCUGAACAAAACUGAUUUCGAUCACCAUUUUGUUGAAUGUUAACUAUAGUGAUGUUGUACUUUUGUAAUUAAAUCAGGGUAUCUUUUUUAUAAUGUGAGCUUUCUGGGCCGUUGAAAAAAGUACUCACUCGUUGUAUACAGAACACCAUUAGACUAGAUUUUGCUUUGGUUGUUGCCGUUUUAGUGUACAUUUUUAUACGUCUUCAAAAGUCUAAGACACAUCAGUUAUUGGCUUUAAGCCAGUUUGAGAUAUGGUGGACACGAUACUAUAACAAUGUAAGGUUUGGGUAAUUGUACAAGUACACCCAAACCACAAGGCUAUGGGUGCUGUCAAAAUUGCUGGUGCUAAAAUAUGGUAUCGGAUAAAGUAUGGAGAAAUAAACACUAGUUUCUUGCUCAAUCCGUUAUAUUGAUCUACGUAGCCUCAUUAUAAUUGAUUCAAGAUACAUUACAUAAUUUGUUCAAAUUGCCAAACUCAUGUGUGUGUGAACAGUCUUUGAAUCAAGAUAAUGUACGGUAUUGUUGCAAAACGACUUUUGAAUUGAACCUGAUGUAUGCAUUCUUUGAAGGGGUUACAACAUGAAAAGCUAUGGAAUCUAAAGGCAGUGGACACUAUUGGUAAUUAGUCAAAAUAAUUAUGAGCAUGAAACCUUUCUUGGUGAUGAUUAAU